AUGUCUAAACUUGAUCGAGAUAUUGCGUAUUCAUUUUUGAAUGCACCAUCCGAUAGUAUUUCGUAUCUACCAAUGGAAAUGGUCAACGAUCAAAAUCACAUAAUAAUGGCGCCAUCUCAAUCUGUGAUUCAAAAUGAUCCUAGAAUCGAUGAUAUUUUAUCUCAAUAUCAUCCAAAGGAUCAAUUUGGCGUUCCAACAAACACAAAUAUUAUUCCGAUGUAUUAUGAUGUUGUUAUUGAUACAGUUACGGAUUACGAUAUUUUCUAUCCAAUAGCUAAACAAACAACAAAAUACUAUAAUAAUUGGAUUCAUGAUCAACCAUCGAUAUCAAACAAUCAGUCAACUUAUCCACGUUGUCAUGUUGAAAGACUUGAUGAACUUGCUGUAUCAGUUGAUUUUUCUCGUGAUUAUGAUUUGACAUCGGCUUGGUCGAAUCAAUAUCAAUAUGAACGUGCAAAUCCAAUAAAAAAUGUUCGAUUCAAUGAUCAUCCGAAAUCGAUUCCCUAUUCAAGAAAUACUUAUAAUCCUAUGGAUCAAUAUUAUUUCUACCCAGAAAGAAUAUCACAAAUAGACAAUGAACAAGCAUCUGUACGUUAUCUGACUACGCCUUUCUUUUGGUUUCGUCCUGUUCUGAAUCACAAUUAUGCUAUUUGUAUACCAAGAACAAGACCAAGUCUACAUACGUUUAUAACAUCCUCCUUUGAUCGUCUGCCAAUACAAUACCAAACGAAUUCUACUCCAAAUCCUAUUCGCCUGUAA